AUGGAGAUGGUUGGUAAGAACUGCAACAAUCUUGAGACUCUAAAACGGAAUAAGAUGGAUCCAUCAGAGGUCGAGAGGUUAGAGCACACAGGGAAUGUUGAUGUUUAUACAAUUGUGAGACACAUGCGUCAGCUGAAACACUUGGAACUUCAAUUCUCCACGCUAACUGAUAUAGCUCUUGACAGACUUUGUAAAGCUUGUUCGAUUCUAGAGUAUCUGGAUUUGUUUGGGUGUCUGGAACUUGACUAG